GCUCCACUCAGCCGGGAGACCGAGGCGCUGCACUGAGCGCUCGCCGCCGCCCAGCCUCUCCUCGAGUGCCUAUCUCUUAGCAGGACAACCGGGAGUGAGAAGUGGUCCAGAUCCCGAGGGUGGAAAGGGCGAGUCUUUCUGGCUUUUCUCCUAUCUUGCCUCUUUCCCCAAUCUCCUUCCCACUAGUGUGCGAGCGAGUGUGUGAGCCAUGGAGCAAAGAGCCUGGACUCUGCAGUGUACUGCUUUCGCUCUCUUUUGCGCUUGGUGUGCACUGAACAGUGUAAAAGCAAAGAGGCAGUUUGUGAAUGAAUGGGCGGCGGAGAUCCCCGGGGGACCGGAGGCAGCCUCGGCCAUAGCCGAGGAGCUGGGCUAUGACCUUUUGGGUCAGAUUGGAUCACUUGAAAACCACUACUUAUUCAAACAUAAAACCCAUCCCCGAAGGUCUCGAAGGAGUGCCUUUCACAUCACCAAGAGAUUAUCUGAUGAUGAUCGUGUGAUAUGGGCUGAACAACAGUAUGGAAAAGAGAGAAGUAAACGUUCAGUUCGAAGAGACUCAGCACUAAAUCUCUUCAAUGAUCCAAUGUGGAAUCAGCAGUGGUACUUGCAAGAUACUAGGAUGACCGCAGCCCUGCCCAAGUUGGAUCUCCACGUGAUACCUGUUUGGCAAAAAGGCAUCACAGGCAAAGGGAUUGUUAUCACUGUACUGGAUGAUGGCCUGGAGUGGAAUCACACAGACAUCUAUGACAAUUAUGAUCCAGAGGCUAGCUAUGAUUUUAACGAUAAUGACCAUGAUCCAUUUCCCAGAUAUGAUCCCACAAAUGAGAACAAACAUGGGACCAGAUGUGCAGGAGAAAUUGCCAUGCAAGCAAAUAAUCACAAGUGCGGGGUUGGAGUUGCAUACAAUUCCAAAGUCGGAGGCAUAAGAAUGUUGGAUGGCAUUGUGACCGAUGCUAUUGAAGCCAGUUCAAUUGGAUUCAAUCCCGGACAUGUGGAUAUUUACAGUGCGAGCUGGGGCCCAAAUGAUGAUGGGAAAACUGUGGAGGGGCCUGGCCGACUAGCCCAGAAGGCUUUUGAAUAUGGUGUCAAACAGGGGAGACAAGGAAAGGGCUCCAUCUUCGUCUGGGCUUCUGGGAAUGGGGGGCGUCAGGGAGAUAACUGCGACUGUGACGGGUACACGGACAGCAUCUACACCAUCUCCAUCAGCAGUGCCUCACAGCAAGGCCUGUCCCCUUGGUACGCCGAGAAGUGCUCCUCCACUCUGGCCACCUCCUAUAGCAGCGGCGAUUACACCGACCAGCGAAUCACGAGCGCUGACCUGCACAAUGACUGUACAGAGACCCACACGGGCACCUCGGCCUCGGCACCCCUGGCUGCUGGCAUCUUCGCUCUGGCCCUGGAAACAAAUCCAAAUCUCACCUGGCGAGAUAUGCAGCAUUUGGUUGUCUGGACCUCUGAGUAUGACCCACUGGCCAAUAACCCUGGAUGGAAAAAGAAUGGAGCAGGCUUGAUGGUGAAUAGUCGAUUUGGAUUUGGGUUGCUAAAUGCCAAAGCUCUGGUGGAUUUAGCUGAUCCCAGGACCUGGAGCAGUGUGCCUGAGAAGAAAGAAUGUGUUGUGAAGGACAAUGACUUUGAGCCCAGAGCCCUGAAAGCUAAUGGAGAAGUUAUCAUUGAAAUUCCAACAAGAGCUUGCGAAGGACAAGAAAAUGCUAUCAAGUCCCUGGAACAUGUGCAAUUUGAAGCAACAAUUGAAUAUUCCCGCAGAGGAGACCUUCAUGUCACACUCACUUCUGCUGCUGGAACCAGCACUGUACUGUUGGCUGAAAGAGAGCGGGAUACAUCUCCUAAUGGCUUUAAGAAUUGGGACUUCAUGUCUGUUCACACAUGGGGAGAGAAUCCCAUAGGUACCUGGACUUUGCGAAUUACAGACAUGUCUGGAAGACUGGAAAAUGAAGGAAGAAUUGUGAACUGGAAGCUCAUUCUGCAUGGGACCUCUUCUCAGCCGGAACACAUGAAACAGCCUCGUGUGUACACGUCCUACAACACGGUUCAGAAUGACAGAAGAGGGGUGGAGAAAAUGGCGGACUCCGGGGAGGAGCAGCCCACACAAGAGAAUCUGAUCAAGAAGCCCCUGGCGUCAAAAAGCCCCAGUGGCGGCAGCAUGGGGGGCAGAAGGGAUCAGCUGGCGGAGGGAGCCCAUUCCGAGGCCAUGCUGCGACUCUUACAAAGUGCUUUCAACAAAAACUCACCCCCACAGCAAUCACCAAAGAAGUCGCCAAGUGCAAAGCUCAACAUCCCUUAUGAAAAUUUCUACGAAGCCCUGGAAAAGCUGAACAAACCUUCCCAGCUUAAAGACUCCGAGGACAGUCUGUAUAACGACUAUGUGGAUGUUUUCUAUAACACGAAACCUUACAAGCACAGAGACGACCGGCUGCUACAAGCGCUGGUGGACAUUCUGAGGGAGGAAAAUUAAAAUAAGGGUGUGGCCCUGAGUUGGAAAUAUUCAUGCUUCUUCCUUCUCUUUAGAUUUUGCCUGUGUCUGAUGUGGUUGUUUUUGUCAUGGAUUCUUAUGCUUCUAAUAACCUUUGUGGUACUUUUUCUUUUUCUCUCCAAACUGGACAUUUGAAAGUGAUGAGCUCAAGCAGUAAAUCCAACUUCCUGCAUUAAUCGUAGCUCUUUCACGACACAUCUUCCCUGCCUGCAUGAGUCAAAUGUUUUGUUCUUUCUGGAGCCACAGUUCACACACCACAUUAGAACGCCUCCUUGGGCCCUCCCAUUUCAUUUCUCAAAAGAAGAGGCAUAACCUGGGCAAUAGAUUAAUUUGAAGAAGUAAUCUGCAAAGAAUGAGAGAAAGAAAACUGUCCCUAUAGCUUGUCCCCUGUCUUUGCCAUGUGGUUCUUCUAAUUUUGGUGCCAAAGGAGGAUCUGGAAAGUCUCUAAUAAAGAGUUCACAAUUCGACCCAUUCUCUAGGCUUGUUUACUCCAAAGUACUACUCAUUCAGGGAGAGACCAUCUGGUCAUUUUAGGUAAAAGAUGGGUUAUUUAGAUCCAGAAACAGACCUUGAAAUCUGCAUUAUCUGGUUUGAGCAAUUUUAGAGCAUUCUUCUUUGCUCCGUGUGCCAUGGAGAGUCCUCUGUGGAGCUAAAGGCCACUGUGGCUCAUGCCGUGUGCUCUGUUCUUCCUCUAUUUCCCCUUCUGAAGGUUCUCCUUACCUCUCUUCUUUCUCAGCUGCAAACUAAGUACUGAGAGAACUAAUUUAUACUACUUAGAACAAACUUAUACUUGGGACUCAGCAAAUUCCUAGUCAUAAUUUUUUUAACAAUAAUAAUAGUAAACCACUCAUAACAUGGAGAACCAAUGUAACGAUAAGAAAAUAUUCAUAGUAGGGAGAGCCAAUGGGAGGUUUUGUUUGUU